CCCCCCGCGGCAUGGCCCGCGCGCCCGAGCGCGGGGCCCGGCGGCUCUGAGCGCGGCGCUGCCCGGCGGCCGAGCCCCGGUCCCUUUCUGUGGCGAGCGCGGCCGCCGCGAUGGCCAGCACCAGGAGCAUCGAGCUGGAGCAUUUCGAGGAGCGGGACAAAAGGCCGCGGCCCGGGGCGCGGAGGGGCGCGCCCGGCUCCGCGGCGGCCGCCGGCGGCCCCGGGCCCCGCGGCAACGGGCUCAUCCCCAGCCCGGCGCACAGCGCGCACUGCAGCUUCUACCGCACGCGGACGCUGCAGGCCCUCAGCUCGGAGAAGAAGGCCAAGAAGGCGCGCUUCUACCGGAACGGGGACCGCUACUUCAAAGGCCUGGUCUUCGCCAUCUCCAGCGACCGCUUCCGCUCCUUCGACGCGCUGCUGGCCGAGCUCACCCGCUCGCUGUCCGACAACGUGAACCUGCCGCAGGGCGUGCGCACCAUCUACACGGUGGACGGCAGCCGGAAGGUCACCAGCCUGGACGAGCUGCUGGAAGGUGAGAGCUACGUGUGUGCCUCCAACGAGCCGUUUCGCAAAGUGGAUUACACCAAAAACGUUAAUCCGAACUGGUCUGUGAACAUCAAGGGUGGUGCGACCCGAGCCUUGGCCGUGGCCUCUGUGAAAAGCGAGGUGAAAGAAAGCAAGGAUUUCAUCAAGCCCAAGUUAGUGACUGUGAUUCGAAGCGGCGUGAAGCCCAGAAAGGCUGUGCGGAUCCUUCUGAAUAAAAAGACUGCCCAUUCCUUUGAGCAGGUCCUAACGGACAUCACAGAAGCCAUUAAACUAGACUCGGGCGUGGUCAAGAGGCUGUGCACCCUGGAUGGCAAGCAGGUUACUUGUCUGCAAGACUUUUUUGGUGAUGAUGAUGUUUUUAUUGCAUGCGGACCUGAAAAAUAUCGUUAUGCCCAAGAUGACUUUGUCCUGGAUCACAGCGAAUGCCGCGUGCUGAAGCCCUCUUACUCCCGAGCCGCCAAGUACUCUGGAUCCAAGAGCCCAGGGCCGCCUCGCCGCAGCAAGUCCCCAGCCUCAGUAAAGAGGGCUGGCUUCUGCAGCGCCUACUCCACAGCCAGAUGCCCAGUGAAUGGAACUCCCAGCAGCCAGCUGUCCACUCCCAAGUCCACCAAGUCUUCCAGCUCCUCUCCAACCAGCCCAGGAAGCUUCAGAGGAUUGAAGCAGAUUUCUGCUCAAGGCGGAUCUUCCUCCAAUGUAAAUGGUGGCCCGGAACCUGACCGUUGCCUGAGUCCUGAAGGUGUGAAUGGGAGCAGGAGCUCUGAGUCAUGCGCCCUCCUGGAGAAGUACAGAAUCGGGAAGGUCAUCGGGGAUGGCAACUUCGCAGUAGUCAAGGAGUGCGUGGACAGGUCUACCGGAAAAGAAUUUGCAUUAAAGAUUAUCGACAAAGCCAAAUGCUGUGGAAAGGAACAUCUGAUUGAGAAUGAGGUGUCAAUUCUGCGCCGAGUGAAGCACCCCAACAUCAUCAUGUUGGUGGAGGAGAUGGAGACGGCAACUGAGCUUUUCCUGGUGAUGGAGCUGGUCAAGGGUGGCGAUCUCUUUGACGCAAUUACUUCUUCAACCAAGUACACCGAGAGGGAUGGCAGUGCCAUGGUGUACAACCUGGCCAGUGCCCUCAGGUACCUGCACAGCCUCAGCAUUGUCCACAGAGACAUCAAACCCGAGAAUCUUCUGGUGUGCGAAUACCCAGACGGAACCAAGUCUUUGAAACUGGGAGACUUCGGGCUGGCUACGGUGGUUGAAGGCCCUCUGUACACAGUCUGUGGCACACCGACUUAUGUGGCGCCAGAGAUCAUUGCUGAGACCGGUUACGGCCUGAAGGUGGAUGUUUGGGCAGCUGGCGUGAUUACGUACAUACUUCUCUGUGGAUUCCCACCAUUCCGGAGUGAGAACAAUCUCCAGGAGGACCUCUUCGAUCAGAUCUUGGCUGGGAAGCUGGAGUUUCCAGCCCCAUACUGGGACAGCAUCACAGACUCUGCCAAGGAAUUGAUCAGUCAGAUGCUUCAGGUAAACGUUGAGGCGCGCUGUACAGCGGGAGAAAUCCUGAGCCACCCUUGGGUGUCUGACGACGCCUCGCAGGAGAACAACAUGCAGGCCGAGGUCACAGGUAAACUCAAGCAGCACUUUAACCAAGCGCUCCCCAAGCAGAACAGCACCACCCCCGGGGUCUCCGUCAUCAUGAACACGGCUCUCGAUAAAGAGGGGCAGAUUUUCCGCAGCAAGCACUGUCAAGACAGCAGCAAGCCAGCGAGGGAGCAGCCCCUGCCAGCCCCUCCUGCAGACCGGGGGGCCCCUUGUCCCCCAGCCACCUCUGGCUGUGAUCUGGCAGGGACCUGGCGCCGCCACCGAGACUGAGCUGCGUGGCCCCGCCGGAGCUGCCCGCUGUGCCGGGAAGGCCACUGUUCACCUCCCCGCUGAAGGGCCUUUCUCUCCUGACUGCUGCUCUGACAACGUGUUGGCCUGUAGUCACUACCCGGGACCAGGACCAGGCGGCAUGAGCCGGCUGCAGCAGCCCGCACGUACUCUGCCCUGUCAGUUGUGGCGACAUUUGGAGUGACUGAGAUCAUCUGUGUUUCUAGCUCAGUAGACACUUGGCGAUUUACCCAGGCUGUGCACCUUUUCCCUGGGAGUAGUGCAUCCUCUUCACAGAAAUGCACUGUGAAGCAGGAUCAUCUCACUGGGGGACCUGAGUGCUCCCUUCUCGAAGAGGACGUGGCCGGGCUGCCCCUUUGUCCUGUCAGAGGCAGCAUGGCCUCCUUCCCCCGGGGCCUGGCCGCUCCUGACUUUGGGCCGUGCUCUGCCAGGCAGGAAGCAGCGGCCUCGCUGGAGCGCAGACGCGCCUCGUUUCCCGCCCUCCCUCCGUGUGUUAGGAACCACUGAUGAAGUGGCCGCGGUCUUUUCCGUGGACUGUGCAGCUGAGGCACCGACAGGCUCACCCCUGCCCGCGGUCACGAGGGACGGAAAGCCAGGGCAGUGCUGCCUAGACCCAGCGGGGCCUGGGGUGCGUGGCGCCCUCGGAUGGCCGUGACCAACCUCGGGAAGGCUGCUGGCAGUUUUUCCUCCCCUGCUCUUUUUACUAACGGUAACUUGUACUGUCUGACUCGCCUGUCCUCUGAACAGGUGGGCCCCGCGGUGACUCUCCUGGUUAGACUUUGUUUUCUCCAAGUGUCCCCAACCUCAAUAAACUCCCCCCUUGAGAAAAGCCAUGGGGC